AGUGCUCUCUGGGCUGGUCACGUCGCACACCGGCACCGCUCACACUUUCCCCUAAAGAGAAAGGAGAAGGAGAAACAAAGUACGUGCACAAGAGGCGAACCAGCUACUCCUGCGUCAUCACACGCGAUGAGGGGACGCCGCAGCGCUCCAGGCGGCGCUGCUUUCUUCCUCCUGAACCGUCAUCUUCGCUUACCUAAAGUGAAAGGCAUGUACGUCCUCUAUCAGUAUUUCCAAUCAUCUUGUGUUUAUACAAGUGCGCUCUCUGUGCAAUCGACUGGCUCCUCCGCACUUCAUUUAUGCAAACGGUGCAACAGCAGCGGAGGGGCAGCCGCGGCCGAGCACGGCGAGGAUCUCUACGUCUCGCACUACGCUAUCCCACCAGAUGCCCAUCAGCUUGUCGGUACUCCCCAGCUGCUCCCGCGCAACCCAGCGGAGGAGGUUGCCUUCAAGAAGAAUCUUAUGCGUAGCUUCCCAGUCGCAAACAUCCGCAAUGUUAGUGUGGUGGCGCACGUCGACCACGGCAAGACAACCCUUUCAGACGCGAUGCUCCGCUUUGCGAACCUUCUCCCCGCUGAUGGGGCUACGGGGACCUUCACCGACCGCCUCCAGGUGGAAAAGGAACGUGGGAUUACCAUCAAGGCGCAAACGUGCAGUGUGUUGCUGACCCACCGGGGCAGCGGGGCGCAGUAUCUGAUCAACCUCAUCGACACACCUGGCCACGUGGACUUUCAGUACGAGGUGUCUCGCAGCCUCUGCGCGUCGGAAGGCGCCGCGCUGCUUGUGGAUGUCCGACAAGGCGUGGAGGCGCAGACGAUGGCCCAGUUCUACGCCGCACUGGAGCAAAACCUGACCAUCCUGCCCGUCCUCACAAAGAUGGACAGCGUGCUGAACGACGCACAGGUGGAGAAGACGCUGCUGCAGCUCGAGGACAGCACUGGUCUGCUGACGCGCGAGGUGGUGCUCACGAGCGCGAAGAGCAAAACAGGCAUCGAGCAGCUCUUUCAGCAGCUCAUUGACAAGGUGCCGCCGCCCAGCGGACGCGUUGGGUUUUCGGAUAUGAAGCAGCUGCCUGUCAUGCAUCCCGACAGCGCGGAGCGUAAGCAGGCGGAGAGGGACCUCGUCCCUCUGCGAGCCCUGCUGUUCGACUGCUGGACCGCGGAGAGCAGCGGGAUGUCGGGGAGCGAUGGCAGUGCUGGUGUCUCGAAUGCAGCAUCCUCCGGGUUGUCUUCCACUAAGCCUUCCUCUCCAGUGACGUCUUCUUUCCUUAGCAUGGCAACAGCCGCCGCGAGUGGCGUUGCAGGCUCACCUGCAUUCGGUGGUCAUUCGCUUGCCAUGGAUGGCAUCUACGGUCUUGUGCGGGUUGUCGACGGCACCGUCACGCCGGGGACGACCGUCACGUUCUUUCACUCCUCGAAGAAGCACGAGGUGCGCGAGGUGGGCAUCAUCCACCCGACUCUGCACCCUACCGCAGCGCUCACGACAGGGAUGGUGGGCUACGUAUUUUUCCCCGGACUCACAAAGCGGGACGUGCUGAUUGGCGACACCCUCUGCACACUGCCAACUCGCCGCCACACCUUGAAGGCGCUUACUGCAAAUGAACAGUGCAGCAGCAACAAAGGCAGUAGCCGAGACGACGUGACGAUAGAAAGGGAAGACAGCACGGCCGCCACAUCGCAGCCGUCCGCCGCGGCCAUCGCUGCCGGCAGCGCGGACAGUGCCGCCGCCUCUACCGAGGCGUACGCCGUUCAGCCCAUUCCAGGCUUCAAAACGGUGCAGCCCGUCGUCUUCGCCGGUUUUUACCCCGACGAGGGCGACUUCAUUUCGCAGCUGCGUGACGCGGUGGAUCUGCUCUGCGUGAACGACCCCUCCGUCACGGUGGAACCGCUGCAAUGCCCGGCGCUGGGUCCGGGGCUGCAGCUCGGCUUCCUCGGCUUGCUGCACAUGCAGGUGUUCAAGGAGCGUCUGCUGACGGAGUUUGGCCAGGCGGUGCUGGUGACGCCGCCGCAGGUGCAGUACAUGUACGUGGAACCAAACUGCGACCCGCAGGACAAGCAGCUCCACAAGCCCCUCUCGGUGAGCAACUGGCUGUGGCCGCACGAGGGUGCCGGUGCGUAUCUCGAGCCCUUCGUAACGGCAACCGUGCUGACGCCGAGCGACUACUUCAAUGAAAUCAACAGCGCCGCCCUGAGCGCCUACCGCGGCGAAAUGGAGGACAUGCGUGUGAUUGACGACGCCCGCACGCUGGCGCGGUACCGCAUGCCGCUGGCCGACCUCGCCCGCGGCUUCUUCUCGACGGUGAAGAGUACCUCGCACGGCUACGCGACGCUGGAGUACGAUGCGCCAACGUACGCCAUUGCGGAUCUGGUCAAGAUGGACGUUGUAAUCAACAAGGCGCGCAUCUCCGCCCUCUCCACCAUUUGUCUGCGGCAGGAGGCGAACACGCAAGCGCGCCGUAUCUUGAGCUCGUUGAAGGAGAACCUGCAGCGGUCGACGGUCGACCUGCCGCUGCAGGCGCUGAUUGGGUCGAAGAUCAUUGCACGGGAGACCAUUAAAGCGUACCGCAAGGACGUCACCGCGAAAAUCCACGCUGGGGAUAUCUCGCGGAAGCAGAAGAAGUGGAAUGAUCAAAAGAAGGGAAAGGAACGCAUGGCGCGUCGAAGUGUCGGUACGGUGACGCUGGACCAGAACGUCUUGGCGGCAGCGAUGGGCGCGACCUCCUCCCGUUGA